UUACGGAAAUAAAUUGAAGUAGUAGUACUAGUAUUUUCCAAUAAUAGUUUUAUUAAAAUGAUAUAUCCAAUGCAUGUAAAAGUUUAACACACAUUCAUUCAUACACGCAACCGAAGCGUGAACCACUGCUCACGCCACCACCGGAGUAUUCAUCUCCCCCGUCUACCACCACCACCACCACCAGUUAAUUUAUAUUCAAUGGUUACCAAUAAUUGGAGACCUAAUCAAGGUGCUGAACCGAAUAUGGAUACUAGUGAUUGGAGAGGUCAAUUGCAGCCUGAAUCACGCCAAAGAAUUGUCAACAAAAUUAUGGACACAUUAAAAAGGCAUCUUCCUGUUUCUGGUCAAGAAGGAUUGCAUGAACUUUGGAAGAUUGCCCAAAGGUUUGAAGAGAAGAUUUAUACUGCUGCAACAAGCCAGUCUGAUUAUCUACGGAAAAUAUCUUUGAAGAUGCUUACGAUGGAGACUAAAUCCCAGGGCACUAUUGCCAACAAUAUACCGCCGAAUCAAGUUGGCCCUAGCAAUCAACCUCCUUAUCCAGAUUCUCUGGAUUCAGUAGCACAGACCGGACAACCAAAUGGUGGUGAUUGGCAAGAAGAAAUAUAUCAAAAUAUCAAAGCUAUGAAAGAGAGCUACUUGCCAAAGCUUAGUGAGAUGAUUCAGAAAAUUGCAACGAAACUUCAGCAGCAUGAUUCUCUUCCCCAGCAGCCAAAGUCGGAUGAGCUUGAAAUGCUUAAAGAAUUUAAAAUGGUGUUGGAACGUCUGAUAACAUUCCUCCAGGUUUCCAAGAGCAACAUCUCACCUUGUUUAAAGGAGAAACUGGGUUCAUGUGAGAAGCAGAUUAUAAAUUGCAUAAAUACAUAUAGACCUAACAAAAUGUCUUCUCUGGAUUCAACUGCAAAGACUGGAAAGCCAAGUGGGGGUGAUUGGCAAGAAGAAGUAUAUCAAAAGAUCAAAGUUAUGAAAGAGAGCUACUUGCCGGAGCUCAAUGAGAUGUAUCAGAAAAUAGCAACGAAACUUCAGCAGCAUGAUUCUCUUCCCCACCAGCCAAAGUCGGAUCAGCUUGAAAAGCUUAAGGUAUUUAAACUGAUGUUGGAGCGUCUUAUAACAUUCCUCCAGGUUUCCAAGAGCAACAUCUCACCUAGUUUGAAAGAGAAACUGGGUUCAUAUGAGAAGCAGAUUAUAAAUUUCAUAAAUACAAAUAGACCUAGGGAAAUGUCAUCACUGCAGCCAGGGCAGCUUCCCCCACCUCACACGCACUCCAUGUCACAAACGCAGCCCCAAGUUACUCAAAGGCAACAACUUCACCAAAUGAAUGAUGUAAAUGACAUGAAGAUGAGGCAAGUAAUUGGUGUUAAGCCAGGGGUUUUUGAGCAACAUAUUGGUAAUGCAUUAGCGCCCUCGUCAGGAAAGUCAACUGUUACUGAGGAGCUUAUGGACCGCCUAGUUAAAGCGGUGAGUUCAUUGACCCCUGCGGCUUUAAGUGCAGCUGUCAGCGAUACUAGUUCAGUUAUCAGCAUGAUUGAUAGGAUAGCAGCGUCGGCUCCAGGCAAUGGAUCCAUAGUUUCCGUUGGUGAAGAUUUGGUUGCCAUGACUAAUUGUCACCUUCAGGAUAGAAAUUUCCUACCCCAAGAUGGUGUGAAUGGAUCCAGGAAGAUGAAACGUUGCAUCAAUGCUACACCCUUUGAUGUUGUAUCAUCCGCUGGUUGUGUGAAUGAUAGUAUCAAGCAGUUAAAUGCUAUAGAGGCUUCUGAUUUGGAGCCAAUUGCAACAUCCAUUAUCAAAAGGCCAAAGAUUGAGUUUUGAACUAAGCUUGUGGAGGUCUUAUACUAAGAUGAUGUAGGACAUUCAUUACACUACUAAGCUGGGAACUUAGCUUGCAAUUCAAUUGGUUAUGGACAGUUGUCUUAUUACUCAUUUGUGAUAUGCUCUUGUUGACUUAAUUCACCGGAUUCACACCGUCAUUAGAGAAAUGAUAUUUAUACAACCAUCUUUUUGACAACUUUUGUAACAAUUUUCUCUCUCAUAUUUACAUUAUGUUUUUACUUUCUCUCU